AUGAAUAGAUUCCUUCCACUCUUCGUGGUUACUCUGCUUUUGGCCACUGUUUUUGUUCCGAUUCACGCCGACAAUGCUCCUGCUCCUUCACCCAAGUCAUCAUCUUCGCAGCCGCCGGCGGCGAACCCACCGUCUACGGCGACUCCUCCCUCACAUUCUCCGGCGGUUCCUAAAGCAUCCCCUGCAAAGUCUCCGACUAUAUCGCCGCCUUCACAAACUCCGGCGGUUUCUCCAACUGGGUCUGUCACGCCGCCGGCGAAGUCUCCGGCUGUUCAGCCGCCGUCUUCGGUUUCUCCGGCUUCCAGCCCGUCCAACAAUGUGUCUUCCCCACCGCCGGUGCCAUCCCCAGCGACUCCUCCGCCGACGGCUGAGACUCCGGCGGUGUCUCCCGUGAGUAGUCCGGUGGCUGCUCCUACGGUGGCAAAGGGCCCGUCGGCUUCUUCUUCUCCACCAGAGGCUUCUGCAGGAGUUCCUACGAGUUCGGCUACCCCGGCAGAUGCACCGGUGACGACGAUUCCAUCGAGCAGCACUGCGCCAGGAACUGCGCCGGCGAGUUCUUCGCCGGAAUCAUCUCCGGGCGCUGCCGAUGAUUCGGGUUCAAGUUCUAAUUUCGGGGCUCCGGGUCUUUUGUGUGGCAUGGCUCUUUGGGCUGCUUUGGCUAUAUGA